CAAACCUACUCUGUAUUUAAAACUGUCACAUGGAGAAAACUAUAACUGUCACAUGGAGAAAACUAUCUUGUGAGUACUCUGGACUGCAGAGUCAAAAUUACUGAUGAAGAGCCCACCUUUCUUUCUUUCUUUCUUUCUACUACAACACCACCACCCCAUCAUUAAUGGCGGAAACCUCAUGAAACCCGCACACACGCACACACGCACACACUACUUUUCUUCUUCUCAUUCAAUGCAUGUAGUUAUAAAUGUCUUAUUCUGUCUCAUACUCUUAUAGCAACUACUACUUCUCCACUUUCUCCAUUACACAUAUAAUAUACCCGCCACAACCCUUUAUUUUUUUUAUAAUCGUGGUGUUCGAGUCAGCUUGUAUUCACUCGACUAAUUUCAAUACUUUGCUUCUUUUAGUUCCACCUUUUUUUAGCCCAUUUAUUAGUGCUUCAUUAUUGAGCUUUCUUUUCUUUUUGUUUCUUUCUCUCGACCCCCAUACUGGGUUUUUUUAAUUCUUUUCCCUUUUUUUUUUUUUUGUAAUCUUGUUUCACUUCUUCCAAAAUAUCUCUGCUAGGGAAAAGAAAAACAUUCCCUUCAAUGUGCAGUUUAGCUUGUUUGUCUGUUUUUUCUUAAUGGGUAUUUGUCAAGAUUUGCAUUUGGAGUUUUAGUUUAAUUUUCUCCCAAAAAACAGUGGAAGUAUUCUAUCCAUUUGUAGGUUUUUUUUUUCUUAAUGGGUAUUUGUCAAGAUUUGCAUAUGGAGCAUAAUUAGUUUGAUUUUCUCCCAAAAGCAGUGAAAGUAUUUUAUCCAUUUGGAGUUUUCUCUUUAGCUUAUUCAUAAAUUUCUGUUGAGUAUUACUAUAUGGGAAUUUGAGAUUUUCCACACUGUGUUAAAUGGGGUGGUUGAAGAUAUUUGUCGUAGUUGUAUUCAUGUGGGGUUUGUUGAUCCCAAAUACUCAUCAGUUAGGGUCUUAUGAAACUCAAAUUAUCGUCCAGUUGAGGAAGCAUUUGGAAUAUCCAGUGCAGAUGGAUGUUUUGGAGAAUUACAAUGGUGACUUUUGCAAUUUGAGUUCAACACUGAGUAUGAGUAUUAUUUGCCAGAAUAACUCUGUUACUGAGCUCAAAAUUAAGGGAGAUAAACUAGUUAAGGUCAAUGAAUUCCAUGGAGUUGCAGUUCCAAACAAUACUUUAUCUGAGCAUUUCUCCAUUGAGUCUUUUGUUACUACUUUGACAAGGUUAAGUAGUUUAAAGGUUCUAACUUUGGUUUCUUUGGGCAUUUGGGGACCCCUUCCUGUUAAAAUUCAUCGGUUGUCUUUGUUAGAGGUUUUGGAUAUGAGUUCAAAUUUUUUGUUUGGUUCGGUUCCAGUUGAGAUGUCUACAAUGGUAAAGCUUCAUACUUUGGCAUUUGAUGGGAACUUUUUCAAUGAGACUCUUCCUGAUUGGUUGGGUUCAUUGCCGAAUAUCGCUAUUUUAAGUAUGAAAAAUAAUAGGUUGAAGGGUCAAUUUCCUCGUUCAAUUUCGAAAAUUACAAGCCUAACUGAUAUUGUUCUGUCACACAAUGCACUUUCUGGUGAAUUACCUGAUUUAAGUGCUUUGUCUAAUUUGCAUUUGUUGGAUUUAAGAGAAAAUCAUUUGGAUUCUGAAUUGCCAACUUUGCCACAAGGAUUGACCACUAUUCUUCUUAGUAGUAAUGCUUUCUCUGGAGAGGUGCCAGAAGAAUAUGGCAAACUAAAUCAACUUCAACACCUUGAUCUAUCGAAUAAUGCUCUUACCGGAAUGCCUCCUGUUGAUUUGUUCUCUUUGCCAAGUGUUAGUUACUUGAAUUUAGCGUUUAACGUCCUGAGUGGUUCACUUCCUGAACAUCUCAUCUGUGGGAGUGAACUUGGUUUUGUUGAUAUUUCUGAUAAUAGACUGCUUGGUAUGGUUCCUUCUUGUUUGAAUGCCAGUUCAGAUAAGCGAAUUGUUAAAGUUAGUGGAAACUGUUUGUCUGUGGAUACACAAUAUCAGCACUCGGAGUCCUACUGCAAACAAGCUAGUUUAGCUAAGAAACAAACCACUGGAAAAGAGAUAGCAAUAUUGGUAGGUGUUGUUGGGGGAGCUUUGAUACUUGUGGUGUUUUUGGCAGUUGUGCUUCUCUUCUUUUGUAGAAGAUCACAGCAUACACGUCACGAUGUGGAUCGGUACAUGUUUCCCAAAGUUGUGCAAGAUAAUGUACAACCCAAUAUUUCUGCUGAGCUCCUGGCAAAUGCUAGAAUCAUUUCUCAAGCAGCAGCACUAGGAUCGCAAGGUGCUCCAUCAUAUCGGGUGUUCUCCAUGGAAGAGUUGGAAGAAGUGACAGAAAAGUUUGAUAAAUCAGUAUUGCUCGGUGAAGGCUCCAUUGGAAAAAUUUACAAGGGAAAAUUAGAGAAUGGAACCUAUGUUGCUGUAAGGGAAUUGGCUGUUUAUAGACGAUGCACUAGGUGGAACUUCAAACUUCGAAUGGAUUUGCUGUCAAAGUUUCGUCAUCCACAUUUAGUUAGCCUUCUGGGUCACUGCAUUGACGGUCCGGUGCAAGAUGACUCAACCAUCCACAGACUUUUUCUGGUUUAUGAAUUUAUUCCUUGUGGAAACUUCCGUGCUCGUCUUUCAGAAACCACUCCGGGAAAGGUUCUCAAGUGGUCAGACAGGUUGGCGAUUUUGAUUGAUGUUGCCAAGGCUGUGCACUUUCUCCACACGGGCGUAAUUCCUCCUUCAUUUGGCAAUAGCUUGAAGACAGAUAGUAUAUUGCUCGAUGAGCAUCAGAUUGCAAAACUUAGUGAUUUUGGAAUGUCAAUCCUUAUGGAAGAAAGUGAAAAAGUUGAGGCAAAAGGAGAUGGCUGCAACUCCUGGCACAGGAGAACGAAAGAAGACGAUGUGUAUAACUUUGGUUUCAUAUUACUGGAGUCACUGGUGGGUCCUUUUUUCAGUGGAAAAGGGGAAACAUUUUUGCUCAAUGAAAUGGCAUCCUUUGGUAGCCAAGACGGUCGGCGCAAAAUUGUGGAUCCUGCUGUGCUAACCACUAGCUCCCAAGAGUCUUUGUCAAUUGUAAUAUCAAUCACCAACAAAUGCAUAUCUCCCGAGUCACAGAGUCGCCCCUCGUUUGAGGAUGUCCUCUGGAACCUACAAUAUGCUGCUCAAGUCCAGGCUACAGCCGAUACAGAUCAAAGAUCUGAUGCAACUUCAUUGUCAUGAGGUAUUCAAGAAAUUCAACUGCAUCUCAUCAGCAAUACUUGCUCAUGCUGCUGUCUCAAUGGAGAGGCAAGUUAGCUGACUGCUUGUGGAGCACAAAAUGGUUGCAAACCUCAGCGCAUGUUCAAUCUCCUCGUUAUCUUUUCCUUUGUAUAAAAAUGUAAAUUCGUCGAUUUUUUGGAUUUUUAGAAUUUAGAAGUAGGUGAUGUUGCAAAACAGAGGCCUAUCCUUUACAUGAAUUUGCAUUACCCUCCUUCAGAAUGCAUCGGAAAACAAGAGACAGAAGGCUUAGUGUCUGUCCAACCUCAAAGUUGCCCUUCAUUCUUUCAUAGGGCAUGUGUCCAAAUCCUAAAUAAUAUCAAGAAGAAACAUGGGCAGAUGUCCGUUUUCUUUUAUGUUA